AUGUCUGAUAUCCCCCCAGAGUGGUCCUCCUACUGGGAUCAUGUGUUCCACCGGUUGAAUAAAUUCCAUCCUCUUCCUGAGAUCCCAGCAGACUGGGCCUUGCACACCAUUAAUUUGGUGAGCGAGUGGGUGGAGCAGCAGUAUAUGGCCCAUCUUGCUGGUAGACCUCUCAUUCCCCCACCUCCUGAGCUUGAUGUUCCCACCAUCCUUGCAUGCGGCCAGCUCACAUUUCUCCUGGCUAAGGCCUACCGGAAUCCAAUCCAACUGGAUAUCGACAUGGUUCGUUACAAUGAAGCUCUCACCAAAUGGGAAACAGGUAUGAAUGAAGCGCACAAAGAGUCGCUCUUGGCUAGAUUCCCUCCUGCCAAGAAAAUGCUCUUGACCUGUCCUUCGGUUGUACUGGAUUCUGGCUACAGGAUCAUUAUCUGGUACAUCCCGGAGGCACUGAAUGGCUACAUCCAGAGUGAUAUGUACACAGCCACUCUUGGAAUGAGUCACCACCUGAGAAAGAGUGUCACCCAUGGAGCCGGUCAGUGGAGAACCAAUGGUGCCAACUUCCAUGCCACCAAUGGCACUGGUGUUACCCCUGGGUGCAUCAAUAUAGCUCCGUGCUGGUUCCAACAAGGCCGAGAGUGCCAGGGUACACCUCCCAAGAAUAUUUGGGACGGGUUCAUGCCAGAGGUCUCGGCUACCCUGAAGGGUGGAAGGGGCAUGUCGAUGAUUUUGCAAAUGCAGAGACCUGGACUGUUGGCUUCCGCUGCCAUGCGUGUCAUGCACCUGCAGCAAUACUGGGUGUCCAUCCAAACUCACAUCAAACUUGGUCAUUGGGCCACUUCUCAUGGGUUUGAAGACAUGUACCAAAACCUCAAGCAUUGGGCAUCCAUCUACACCGGAGUUGCAGUCAUGUGCACCAGAUUGUCUCCGUACCACCAAGACCUGAAAUAUCCACCUGAAGGAUUCAAUAUCCUGACUAGCAUUGGGAGUUACAGGCAAGCCAUGAUGCAUUUGAUCAACCUCGGAAUCAACAUAGCAUAUGAUCCCGGUGUUAUGGUGGGCUACUUGGGACGACUCGUUAGACACAGGGUUCAGGUGGAUGAGGGUGACAGGAUUGUUUGGGCCUGGUUUGUCUGUGAUAGCGUCCACAACUACACCCGAACACCACACCCAGAAUAUGCCAAGUACAGCCCACUUGACCUCGCCAUGUAUGAGCAUGUUAAGUACAAUCAGGCUGACUUCGUUAGGUAUGGCACCCUUGGACUGACAUGUCCGGCCUGA